UGCACUUUGAGUCAAUCCAUGUAUUUUGUAUUGCAGGUUGUGAACUCGACAUUCGACGAACUGAUAUGCCAAUGGUCUUGCAGCCUGGCGAAUUGAACUUCAUGUAUCCGGAAAAUGGUGAUGCUGUUUUAAAAAUCAGCGCAAAUACCACUAUAGUUUUGGCCUGCCCAGGACAGAACAUUACAUUCGAUUCGUCGACAAUCUACAGAAAUGUGACUUCAGCAUCCUGCGUAUCAGGAAGCAAUUUAAAUGUAGAUAGUAAAACAUUUGCAUGGGAGAACAUAACAUGCGACGGAACUCUGAGUAGAAUGGCCAAAGUGACCGACAAUAAAUGUGAAAAUAACGGAACCGAAAUAGAAAUUGGCUUUCAAUUGACACAAGAUUUUUUUUCACGGGUAUUUUUGAUCUGCUUUGAUGAAAACGCUCAGCGAGCACUAUAUUCAAAAGUGAGCAUCUCUGGUGCAAUUAACAAAAGAAAUAUUGUCACGAACCCUGGAUGGGUACAAACGCAGGAUAUCUUCAGCAUAAAAAAUCCAAACUCGUAUUACAACCGAAUCACACAAAGGCAAACUAUAAAUACUUUGCUUGGACUGCCUGGCAACUCUACCAUGUAUAUUAAAGACAAUAGCAAUUAUUUCCUAUCCAGAGGACACAUAACUGCAAAAGCUGACAACUUCUAUCCCGCACAGCAACAAGCAUCAUUCUUUUUACUGAAUGUAGCACCUCAAUGGCAAACAUGCAAUGCCAACAAUUGGCAAACCGUGGAAAUAUCUGUGAGAGACUAUGCAGAAGCAAAACGUGUGGAUCUUCUUCAAUGGACCGGAGUGUAUGGAUUGGCAACUUUACCACAUAGUAAAACAGGGCAGUUAGUGCAACUGUAUUUGUACACUCAGAAUAACACAAAAGCUUUGCCAGUACCAGAACUCUAUUGGAAAAUUGCGUAUGAGCCAAUUAAACAAAAGGGAAUCGUUCUGAUCGUCGUAAAUAAUCCCUAUUUGGAAACAUAUCAACGGAUCUGUGAGGACAUUGCUGACAAAAUUACCUGGAUAAACUGGGAUAGAAAUAAUCAAAUAAAAGGUUUUGCCUAUGCCUGUACCGUAGAUAGUUUUAGAAAGGUGGUAAGUUACUUCCCAGAAUUGACUGUGCAAGGCGUUUUGUUGUAAGUUAUUAAUAACAUGUACGUUGAGAAUGUCUUGAUUAUGAGCGUGUAAUAAAGAAUAUAUUUGGAUUGA